AUGUGCACCAGGACCGACGUUUCUGCCCGGAAGAGCUGCUUUGCCGGCGGCGGUGACGGGGCCUGGAGCCCACCCACCCGACGGCAGCCCCCCCACGCACUCCCCCAGGCCAGACCCGGGGUGGAGGGGGGCCCACCUCCCACAGGCCUGGCCCGGUUCCAGCAGACGCCCAGGCCACGGCGGAGAGGGCCCACCCCGACCGGCCGGCCCAACGACGAGAUGGAGUCGUCGAGAACCCGGGGGCCCCCAGCCCGCGCGGCCAGCAGCCCGGGCGGCCAGCGGCACGUGCGCGGUGCCCAGGGGCGGGCACCUGCCCGGGGGGUGCUUCUCCGUCUGCAGAGGGAGCGAGACGGACCCGGCCCCGGGGAGAGGGUCGCAGGCGGGAAGGAGGAGCAGAGAAAGGAGGAAUGUGGAGGCCCCGGGAGGAAGUCCGGGGGGGAGGCCCGACCCCGGGAGGGGGCGGCCCCUCCGGCCCCGCCGCCUUCCCGCGAGACUACGGGCUCCCCCCGGGGCGGCCGGGCCCGCGGCCUCCGGGCCCCACGCAAUGACGCCCCCCCCCCAGACAGGCCCGCUGGCCGGGCCACCGGGGACGAGCCGCUCGCGCGGGCGCCCGCCCCGCAGCGGAGCCGCCACCGGGGGAGAGCAAGCUCUGGGCCCGAGUUCCCCUCCGAGACCGCUUCCUCCCCGCCGGAAGGCCCCCCGGAGCGCCCCCCCACCCUGUCCCCGGGAGCCCGGGCCUGCCCGCCGCCCGCCGCCUCUGGCCUGGGCCUGCCACGGAACCCGAGCUGCUGCCCCUGUCCCCUCCCGUCCGCCGGUCUCCAGGGUGACGUGGCCGGAGGGCAGCUGGGCCUUCAAAGCGUCUCUGUGCUUGUCCUCCCGGGAAAAGCAAGCAUGACCCUCGCACUGGCAUUCCGAACAGGGGUCAUCCCGGUGACAGGCCUGGAGGGAGAGGAGACGCAGCCCCGCCCCCCCAGGCACACACGGGCCGGGCCGGAGGCCACGGUGGCCAGCCAGCCAGGGCUCUGGACCUUGGCUGUGACCGGCCGAAGGAGUCACGCCCGCCGGAGCCUCUCUGUGUGUCGGCUUCGCGUCCGGGGCCGGACAGGUGCAGCCUCGCUUCCCACACUGUCCUCGGAGCGGCACUGA